AUGCCUAAAUCCAAGCGCGCGCGCGUCGUUCAUCUCACCAAAGUCGAUAAAAAAGGAAAGGAGCUUUCGCUCAAACUCUUUGCCAAUGUGCGCGAGUCGCUCGAUAGUUAUCAGCAUUGUUUUGUGUUUAGUGUGGAUAAUAUGAGAAAUACCUAUUUGAAAGAUGUUAGGAAUGAAUUGAGCGAUUGUCGACUCUUCUUUGGAAAAACAAAAGUAAUGGCCAAAGCCCUCGGCAGCGACGCCUCCUCCGAAUACCAACCCAACACCUCCCUCCUCUCCCCCCAUCUAGUCGGCAACGUUGGACUUCUCUUUACCAACCGCGAACCCUCCUCCAUUAUCACUUUCUUCCAAGAUCUCUCCAAAACAGAUUUCGCUCGUGCCGGCACAGAAGCUAGCAGAAACUUCACCAUUCCCGCAGGAAUAGUCUACAGUAUGGGAGGAGAGAUCGCCGCCGAGAACGAUGUCCCCAUGGCGCAUAGUUUGGAACCAGAAUUGAGAAGAUUGAACGUACCGACUACCUUGACUAAGGGAAAGAUUACUCUGGAGAAUCCUUACUGUGUUUGUAAUGAAGGUGAUGUAUUGGAUAGUAGGCAAACAAGAUUAUUGAAGUUGUUUGGUGUGGCUACUGCAGAUUUCAGUGUUCAAUUACUUGCAUACUGGAGUGCAUCCAAUCAAGAAGUAACGGAAAUAGAGGCUACGGAAAUGAGCGAGUAA